UACAAUACAUGUUAUAUUAAACACACGUUUAUAUUAUAUAUAUAUACAGACAGUGUGUGUAUAAACACGUGUUUAGAUUUAGAUGUUUUUUUGUCGACUGUUUUUUUUAAACCAUACAUACAAUUAACAAGUGAUUUGUUGACCCGAAAGAUAGACCAUCCGAGAUAAUGAACUUAAUGGCCAAUACACCGGUUGCACUGUCCGAUUGUGGCCAAUAUUUCGGCUACUGUACACUGGAUGGCCAGCUAAAAGUAUGGGACACAUCGUCGGCUAUAUUGAAACAAGAGUACACACCGACGGCACACUUGUCGACCACAUGCGUGACAAUUGCCUGGCCAGACAAGUAUGUGCCGCCGCUGCCGAUGUCGGCGGACAAUAACAACGACAACGACGAGCAACUAAUUACAUCGCCCCGAAAGAGACUCAGACGCAGCAGUCAAUUAUCAUUGCAAACACCGAUGAAGUCUAAUAGUAAUAGUAAUAAUAUCAAUAGUAAUGAUGUUGGCCAAGAAGUACACGACCUGGAACUGGUAGCUCUGGGAACAGUUAACGGCGAUAUACUGUUGUACAGUAUAGUCAAAGGCGAUCUUCACUGUCGUCUAACGAAAGCCAACGGCGGUCACGACGAUCGGGUUAACGAUAUUUCGUGGCUAACUCGUAGCGAUUCGUUGUUCAGCUGUUCCAAUGAUAAACAAGUAGUCGAAUGGUGUAUAUCGACUCAUAAAGUGAAGAAAAAAUGGUGUCCAGACAAGAGUCCUGUCUCAGCUAUUUGUGCCAUCGAUUCGACCAACUUAUUGAUUGCCGGAAACUCUAUCAAAUGGUUAGACUGGACCAAGAAAGUAGUCCUGCAAACCUAUUCCGGUCACGGAAGCGAAAUAAAUCGAUUGAAACACAUCCGACUUAGUAACGAUUCGGACGACUCGAUUGUCGGCUCGUAUUUUAUAUCAUCGGCCGUCGGCGAUCGAUUGGUCAAUGUUUGGCAAUUGAAGACCAAAGGGUCAGCUGAUGACGACCAGCAGCAGCAGCGGCCAAAACUCAGAAAUUCGACUGAUAUAUCGUUAAACUCUUUAGCUUCGCUUUCCAUUGAUGACGAACCCAUUAGUCUAGACAUAACACCCUUUAAAGUCAAUAAUCCCAUAUUUAUAACAAUAGUAACCAAAAGUGGUUUUCUAUAUAUUUUUGAACACGUUUUGAAUGGUCAUCGGCGGACACCGUUGAUGGCGAAAAUCAAACUACAAAUCAUAACACAAGAACCAUCGAAAACGCCCCGAAAAGCCAAACGAUCACAGUUUCCAUCGAAACAGUUGAACAUACUAUCGGCUCAGUUAUGUACCGCUAAUGAAGUGCUCGUCACCUAUGGUUCACUAUUAGUGCCAGUCUUCGAACGGAUCCCCUUAUCUGAGUGUUCAAAAGAUACUGUACUCAUCCGUAAAGACAUAAUCCAAAUGAAUAGACCGUCGCAGAGUGUCGAAGCCGGCUAUAAUAAAGUUAAGACACCGUUGAAGUCGCAAAAUCCGACUGUUGUCGGACCGGCCGGUAUGCUUGCGACCCGACAAUCGGUUAAUUCGACACCGACUAUGAACAACAACAACAAUAUAGACAUAACUGUUCCCAAUAAUAAUGAUUUAAAAUCCGAAAACAAUUGUAUUAUUGAUAAUAACAUCUCAUCUUCUACUUCUUCUACUGUUGUUGUUUCUGAAAAUAAACAUUCAAUUAAGAAUAAUGUUGACAAUGAUGAUGAUGACGACGACGACAAAGAAAUGGUGGUAAACGAAAAGCCGGCCCCCAAAGAGCGUAAAGAAAAAGUGAAAAAAGUUUUUCCGCCGAAAAGCGAGGCCACUAUGGCUAUCGCCGAUCGGCUAGUGAUGGCUGCCGAGGGCACGGAUCUUGGAUCAGCUUCUCAACCACUCAAACGUCAACUACAACAGCAGCCAAGCAGUGAUAGUUUAACACAUGUCUUAGUCCAGGGACUGCAGAGUCGCGACAAGAAAAUGUUGGACACUGUGUUCAACAAUACCGACGAACUGGUCAUCAAGAAUACCAUCAAAAAGCUGCCAAUCGAUUGUAUUUCUCUGUUUCUCUACGAACUACAGAGUUGUUUGUUUAGCAAAAGUGAACAAACGGUAACAUAUCUGAAAUGGUUGGAACAGUUGCUCCAAUUGAGGCUAACAUUUCUCAUGUCUUUGCCAAAUGUCGAGAAAGAGUUCGGACCACUUCUUCAACUACUCGAAGCGCGAACACAAAUAUUAGAACGAAUUUAUAGAUUAAAAGGACGAUUAAAUCUAAUGAUGUCUCAGAUCCAUACACAGACAUUAAGUAGUAUUGACACCAGACGAUUGACUAGAAAGUUGGCUCCGAUUGACUACGAAUCUUCGUCGUCGUCAUCCGAUGAUGACGACGAUAACGAAGAGGAUGUAUUGGACGACGACUUUAAAGAUAUUUUAGAAGAUUCAGAUGAUGACGACGACAAUGAAGAUGAUGUCAAUAUAGAUAACAUUGACGGCGGCGAAGGUGAAGACCAUAUGAGCAGUGAUGAGAGUAUCGAUGGCAAUGAUUUGAUGAGCGAAGACAUCGAUGAUGAUGAUGAAGAAGGAGAAUCAACAAACAAUUUAAAUGAUAUGGAAACUGAUUGAUGGGUUAAAAUCAUAGAUUUUUUUUA